AUGCGCCCGCUCAACUUCCUCUCCACGGCACUGCUGGCCGCCUCCACGCUCCUCGAACCCGCCUCCGCCUUACGCUCCGAUAAAGUCAAGCUCUCCAAGAUACAGAGUCUCACUCUCCGCAAAGACCAGCAGACCUCCCACCGCCGCGUCUCUGCUAUACCCCAGCUAAAAUGCAUCGGCGGCUCUGCGCGCGGCCUAUAUGAGGUCGAUGUAAUGCGCUGUAAAAACAGCGGCGCAGAUUACGACGACGAGGCUAUCCAGUGGACAUGCACCGCUUCCCUUCCCGAGGAAUUCAAACUGGGCUCGACGGACGUGAUAUGCGAAGGAUACGAUUACCCUGAAGAUCCAUUCAUACUGAAGGGCAGUUGCGGAGUGGAAUACAGACUGGUCUUGACAGAUAAAGGCGAGGAGAAGCAUGGACACAAAAAGCCGUGGUUUGGAGGCGGAGAUGAUGAUGCGGGAGAGCACGAGAAAAGUACGGGUGAUAAGGUUGUUGCAUCCGUGUUCUGGAUAAUUUUCAUUGGCGUCGCGGCAUGGAUUGUGUACAACGCGGUAAGGAAUUGGGCGACGAGACAAGGUGGCGCUGGGGCUGGUCUCGGUGGCAAUCGUCCGGGUUGGGGCGGCGGUGGAGGUGGUGGAUGGGGAGGAUAUGGUGGGAACGAUGACGAUCCGCCCCCGCCGUACGAUUGGCGUCCUGGACAGGGACAGAACCCCAAGCGGUCAUAUGGGAGUACAAAUCAGGAGAGCUGGAGGCCUGGCUUCUGGUCCGGUGCGUUCGGCGGAGCGGCUGCGGCAUAUGCUGCAGGUAGAGCUGGACAGAGCAGGACUAAUCAGGCCUCUGGCUCGGGUUGGGGUAACAGUGGGUGGAACAAUGGCGAAGGAAGCUCGCGGUCAUCGUCUGGUUCGUCGACCUACUCAUCCACGAGACACGAGAGCACCGGUUUCGGUUCGACUUCGCGCAGAUAG